GUUAAAAAACGCACUUCAACAGCACAGUGCACGCGUUGGAUGGAGUAGCUCGGGUCUGUAGUACAUGUAAACCCGUACCAAUGUGGCCUUAAAUGAACAGACAAGUGUAGAGAAAGGUAUAGAAAGGGAGAAGGAGAUAUGUCUCCAACAAGCGACUGUAGAAACUGGAGAACCUGAAAAGAUUCUCCCAUGGGACAUUGUGGCGGGCCAUCCUGUGAGUGGAGAUGUUCAAAGAGAAGCCUCCUCCCGAGGAGGAGAGGAAGGUUCGUGCCAAUGACAGGGAGUACAACGAGAAGUUUCAGUACGCGAGUAACUGCAUCAUGACCUCCAAGUACAACAUCAUCACCUUCCUGCCGGUCAACCUGUUUGAGCAGUUCCAGGAAGUGGCCAACACUUACUUCCUCUUCCUGCUCAUACUGCAGUUGAUCCCUCAGAUCUCUUCUCUGUCCUGGUUCACCACCAUUGUGCCUUUAGUUCUGGUGCUGAGCAUCACUGCAGUGAAGGACGCCACGGAUGACUAUUUUCGCCACAAGAGCGAUAACCAGGUUAACAACCGGCAGUCUCAGGUCCUCAUCAACGGCAUUCUUCAGAAGGAGAAAUGGAUGAAUGUUCGAGUGGGUGACAUCAUUAAACUGGAGAAUAACCAGUUUGUGGCAGCUGACCUGCUCCUGCUCUCCAGCAGUGAACCCCACGGGCUGUGUUACAUCGAGACGGCGGAGCUGGACGGGGAGACCAAUAUGAAAGUGCGACAGUCCCUGUCCGUGACCUCCGAGCUGGGCGACCCGAGCAAGCUGGCCCAGUUUGACGGAGAGGUGAUCUGUGAGCCUCCCAAUAACAAGCUGGACCGUUUCUGCGGCACGCUGUACUGGAGGGAGUGCAAGUACGGCCUGAGCAACCAGAACAUGCUGCUGCGCGGCUGCGUGCUCAGGAACACAGAGAGCUGCUACGGCCUGGUCAUCUUCGCAGGUCCAGACACCAAGCUGAUGCAGAACAGCGGCCGUACAAAGUUCAAAAGAACCAGCAUAGACCGGCUGAUGAACACACUCGUGCUCUGGAUCUUCGGCUUCCUGGUGUGCAUGGGCGUGAUCCUGGCCAUCGGGAAUGCCGUGUGGGAGAAGGAGGUGGGCUCCCUCUUUCAGAGCUACCUGCCGUGGGAUCCGCCCGUGGACAACUUCCUGUUCUCCGCCUUCCUGGCUUUCUGGUCGUACGUCAUCAUCCUCAACACCGUGGUGCCCAUCUCGCUCUACGUCAGCGUGGAGGUGAUUCGCCUGGGACACAGCUACUUCAUUAACUGGGACCGCCGCAUGUUCUGCCAGCGCCGUAACACCGCGGCCGAAGCCCGCACCACCACCCUGAACGAGGAGCUGGGCCAGGUGGAGUACAUCUUCUCCGACAAGACCGGCACCCUCACCCAGAACAUCAUGACCUUCAACAAGUGCUCCAUCAACGGACAUGCCUACGGUGAGGUGAUUGACACCCUGGGGGUUCAGCCUAAGCGGGGCCAGUCUCUGGACUUCUCCUUCAACCCCCUGGCUGACAGUGACUUCUGCUUCUUCGACCAAAGCCUGCUGGACUCUGUGAAGCUGGGAGAGCCGCUGGUGCACGAGUUCUUCAGACUGCUGUCCCUCUGCCACACCGUGAUGAGUGAGGAGAAGAGCGAGGGAGAGCUGGUGUACAAGGCCCAGUCCCCGGACGAGGGCGCGCUGGUGACCGCAGCGCGUAAUUUCGGCUUCGUGUUCCGGUCCCGCACCCCCGGCACGGUGACGGUGCAGGAGCUGGGCCGUCCCGUCACCUACACCCUGCUGGCCAUCCUGGACUUCAACAACAUUCGCAAGAGGAUGUCUGUCAUCGUGCGGAGCCCAGUGGGGAAGAUCCGGCUGUACUGUAAAGGAGCUGACACCCUGCUGUUUGAGAGACUGCACCCCUGUAACCAGGACCUAAUGAACGUCACCUCAGACCAUCUCAACGAGUACGCUGGUGACGGCCUGCGCACCCUGGCCCUGGCCUACAGGGACCUGUCUGAGCAGCAGUGGGAGGACUGGUCUGAGCGGCACCGCGGGGCAGAGAGAGCCACAGACUGCAGGGACGACCGGCUGGCAGCUGUGUACGAGGAGAUUGAGCAGGACAUGAUGCUCCUGGGAGCCACAGCCAUCGAGGACAAACUGCAGGAAGGAGUGCCUGAGACUAUUGCCAUCCUGUCGCUCGCCAACAUAAAGAUCUGGGUCCUUACUGGAGACAAGCAGGAGACUGCGGUGAACAUCGGCUACUCCUGCAAGAUGCUGACGGACGACAUGAGCGAGGUGUUUGUCGUCAACGGGCACACGGUUCAGAGCGUGCGGGAGGCCCUGAGGAGGGCAAGGGAGCGAAUGAUGGAGUCUGCCCGCUCCCGGGACGGAGGAAAGGAGGAGGAGAUGGAGGGAUGGGGGGAGAGCUGCUCGCUGGGUAACGGGUUUGGAGGAGGAGGAGGAGGUGGAGACUGCAGAGGAGAGGCAGCAGACUGGAGACAGCAGCUGGAGCACAAACAGGAGGCCCCCGUGCCUCCCCCUCCCCCUCCACCUCCACCUCCCCCUCCCUCCCUGCUGGACUCCAUCGCUGGGGAGUACGCCCUGGUCAUCAGCGGGCACAGCCUGGCCCACGCCCUGGAGGCAGACAUGGAGCAGGAGUUCCUGGACGCUGCGUGCGCCUGCAGGGCAGUGAUCUGCUGCCGGGUCACCCCGCUGCAGAAGGCCCUGGUGGUGGAGCUGGUGAAAAGGCACAAGAAGGCUGUCACCUUGGCCAUCGGGGACGGAGCCAACGACGUCAGCAUGAUCAAGAGUGCCCACAUCGGAGUGGGCAUCAGCGGGCAGGAGGGCAUCCAGGCGGUGCUGGCGUCGGACUACUCCUUCUCCCAGUUCCGCUUCCUGCAGCGCCUCCUGCUGGUGCACGGCCGCUGGUCCUACCUGCGCAUGUGCCGCUUCCUCUGCUACUUCUUCUACAAGAACUUCGCCUUCACCAUGGUGCACUUCUGGUUCGGCUUCUUCUGCGGCUUCUCCGCCCAGACGGUGUAUGACCAGUACUUCAUCACCCUCUACAACAUUGUGUACACCUCUCUCCCUGUGCUGGCCAUGGGGAUUUUUGACCAGGACGUCCCAGAACAGCGCAGCCUGGAGUACCCCAAGCUGUACGAGCCGGGACAGCUCAACCUGCUCUUCAACAAGCGCGAGUUCUUCAUCUGCAUCGCGCAGGGCAUAUACACCUCCGUGGUGCUCUUCUUCGUGCCCUACGGCGUGCUCUCCCAGGCCGCCCGCCUCGACGGCGUCCCCCUGGCCGACUACCAGACCUUCGCCGUCACCGUGGCAACCUCCCUGGUCAUUGUGGUCAGCGUGCAGAUUUCCCUGGACACGGGCUACUGGACAGCAAUAAACCAUUUCUUUGUGUGGGGCUCUCUGGGUGCCUACUUCACCAUUUUGUUCACCAUGCACAGCAACAUCCUCUUCAGUAUCUUUCCAAAUCAGUUCUGCUUCGCCGGAAGUGCCCAGAACACCCUGGGGCAGCCAGUGGUGUGGCUGACCAUCGCCCUGGCAACAGUGGUCUGCAUUGUGCCUGUCCUGGCCUUCCGCUUUCUCAAACUGGACCUCAAGCCCCAGCUCUCCGACACGGUGCGGUACACGCAGCUGGUCCGUCAGAAGAAGCGGAGGCCCGGCGGGCGGGGCGGGCGGGGCCCCGGCGGGGGGGCGGGCGGCCUGGGGGCCGGGGCCCUGGGCCGGCUGGGCAGGGCGGGCUCCCGGCGCUCCGGCUACGCCUUCGCCCACCAGGAGGGCUUCGGGGAGCUGAUCACCUCAGGGAAGAACAUGCGCCUCAGCUCCCUGGCGCUCGCCAGCUUCGCCUCGCGCCACAGCGCCAGCUGGAUCGACACGCUGCGCAAGAAGAAGCAGCAGCAGCAGCCGCCGCAGGCCGAGGGCAGCCCCCCCGCCGCCCCCCUCUCCACCUCCUCCUCUCUGCUGGGCCCCCAGGACCCCGCCGCCGCCGAAGAGGCCGCCCACACCCCUCUGGGCCCGGCCUGCAGCAGCACCGUCACCCCCACCCUGGCCCGGAGCCCUGGGGCUGAGUCUGCUGGAGGCUGGGCCAUCAGCCUGGGAGCCGUGCAGGAGGCGCUGCUUGGGUGGCGGGGGGUGGGGGCACGCAUCAGCGGUGCCAGCAGCCCCGGCCCUCCCCCCAUCGCAGAGGAGAGCUCCCUCGCCGACUGAGGAACACGCAGGAAAAGCAACCGUACGACUGUGCCCCUGGGUCCACCCCGUUCUGAGCCAUGACACCCCCGCUGAGUGUCCCACACACUGGAUCAGCCACGUCACACAGGCCACUCCCGGCUUCCAUGCACUCUCCUUUUCUCCCAUGAAGGAGGGGAGCAUCCAAGCAACAUUCUUUUUUGUUGGACAAAAGUUGACAGAAAAGUUGUUUUGAUACAAUACGGAUAUGAGACAAAACUGUUGUGCAUUGUAAAAAAAAAAAAACAACAACAAAAAAACCAAUGCAGUGUAUGUGUGACAGCGAUUCAGUUUUGAUUGAAAACAUCGGCCUCAGCCUAUAGAUACGUUGGUCCUCCCGCCCAUGCAUUCACUCUGGUGGGAUGGAGAGAGGGCAGGAAGGACAGGGAAUUGAGGGAGAAAUGAGAGGACGCUUGGGGAAUCUUGGGGAACGUUAUUUUCGACCUUCAUUGGAUUAAUCAGGGAUAAGGGGCUGUUCUGGUUCUGAUUAUAGAUCACAAAUGUUGUCGACAGGGUGACGCCUUUGUCAAGGCACUUUACAUAUCUCAAGUGUUUCCCUGAAACCCAUUGAUGGAUCAGUGUUGGGGUGCUCACGUUGAGAAUCUAGGCUAUGUGAGCAAAAGUGUUCCAUAAUUUCUCUCUCCCCAGCAACCAGUCCUUCUGCCUUCGCUUCACAGCACUGAUUCUUUGAACAGUUGCCUCCCAUCACACUUUGGCUGUUUCCUGUUUUCUCUGUCUCUGUCUCUCACCUCGCCCCUUCUCUCUCUCUCUCUCUCUCUCUCUCUC